AUGGCUUCGCUACUACCCUCAUUUGAGGGUUACCUUCCCCUCUACAUUCUGUUUGCUUACCCGGUGCAGGUCGGCGUGACUGCAAUCGGAAAUGCCUUGCAAUGCUACACGACCCUCUCGUACACUCAGCGCCUCUACUCUGGUUCAGCUUCGGGACCGAAUGUUAAGAACUCGAACUCCCAAUCCUCUCCGGUCACUCCUCUUUCGUCGAGGACGUUCGGAACGUGGACGCUGGCUGUUGGGAUUGUAAGAGUCUUUGCGGCAUACCACAUCAACGAGGCUUCCUGGUAUCACAUGCAGAUGUUGACUAAUGUGAUCGGCCUGGUCCAUUUCGGCCUGGAGGCAUUCGUCUACAAGACAACUCGACCGUCUGGCCCUUGGUUUGCGCCGGUCAGCGUCGCUUUGAUAGGGACUAUAUGGAGCAUCGCACAAUACGACUACUACGUCAGAUAG